CACCGGGCUGGUCGGUGCCACACCGGGCUGGUCGCUGCUGCAGCCGGCUGGGAAGAAGCUUUUCAUCAGGAGAAGGCACCAAAGUGAUGGGCUGAACUGAUGGGAGGAAUGAGCGUCUGUCCAGGCGAAGAUUCGGAGGCCUGUUGGGAAGCGUGAAGGGCCGGUUUCAGGAAGGGCAUGGCCAAAGCUUUCUUCAGCCUACAGAAGUUUCUCCGUCGGACGCAGUUUCUGCUCUUCUUCCUCACAGCAGUUUACCUGAUGGCUGGCAGCCUCYUGCUGCUGCAGCGGAGCCGUUUGGUUAUCCAGCAAGGCUCUCGAGGGACCCCUGCGAGUCAGGCCCUGCUGGAAAUGGAUGGGAUGGGCAGGGUUGGGAUCACAGACCCCGGUACCCUACAGAACCCCCGCCCUGCUCYGGGCACGGACACGCUGCAGGAGCCGGCCCUGGAGCAGCAGCACAGCCCCCAGUGGCUCAUGGCCCGCAACUCGGAGCUGCGGCAGCUCAGGAGGAGGUGGUUCCACAGGGUCACCAGCGAGCAGGAGCCCGAGCACACAGCAGGACUGAGAGCARUCAAACACGCUGCUGAACACAAAGGCUCCUACAUGGGCUGCUUCACUGACGACACACGCGACAGGACACUGAAGGGAGCUGUCUUUUAUGACUUAAGAAAAAUGACAGUAGCUCACUGUCAGGAAGCUUGUGCUGAGAGGGCCUACAGCUACGCGGGGCUGGCGUACGGAGCAGAGUGCUACUGCGGGAACUCGCUGCCUUCUGCCGCCGCCAGGCCCGAGGAGUGCAACAGCGAGUGCCGCGGCCAGAAGGGCUCCGUGUGCGGAGGGGUGAACCGCCUGUCGGUGUACAGAGCCGAGGAACCGCCGGGAGGCAGGACACGGAGGAAUGUUAUCUAUCGAGGAUGUUUUAGAGCUCCAGAAAAUUUAACAGACACCUUUCCAGCCUCUUUGAUACAGCCCAAUUUGACGGUGGAGAUGUGCUCUGAAUUUUGCUCCAAGAAAGAGUUUCCCUUGGCAGUGAUCCGAGGGCAGGAAUGUUACUGUGGUUACCCCACGGGGCACUUCUCACUGCACAAUGGCAUGGACAGGCUGCGCUGCAGCGGCACUCCCAACGGCAGCAGCACCGAGGGAAGGCACUGCCUGGUCUAUCAGACCCCCGUGCAAGACACCCGCUGCACGGACAGGAAAUUCUUAACCACCAAAUCCAAAGUGUUUGUUGCUUUGUCAAGCUUUCCUGGGGCUGGGAACACGUGGGCACGCCAUCUGAUAGAGCAUGCAACAGGAUACUACACAGGAAGUUAUUACUUUGAUGGAGCCCUCUACAACAAAGGUUUUAAAGGAGAGAAAGACCACUGGAGAAGUAGRAGGACGAUCUGUGUGAAAACACACGAAAGUGGCAAGACAGAGAUUGAAAUGUUCGACUCAGCAAUCCUGUUGAUAAGGAACCCCUACAAAUCCCUGAUGGCAGAGUUCAACAGAAAGUACGCUGGGCACCUGGGCUACGCCACUGACCGCAACUGGAAGAGCAAAGAAUGGCCAGAUUUUGUGAACAGCUAUGCCUCCUGGUGGGCCUCCCACGUCCUGGAGUGGCUCAAGUAUGGGAAGCGCCUGCUGAUUGUCCACUAUGAGGACCUAAAGCACAGCCUKAUCCCCAAGCUGAAGGAGAUGGUGGAGUUUCUGAAUGUCACAGUGACAGAGGACCGGCUGCUCUGUGUGGAGAACAACAGGGAUGGGAAUUUCAAGCGAUCUGGUGCUAAGCAAAAGAAUUUUGAGCCAUUCACCCAGCAAAUGAAAGAUCUYAUCAACAGAUACAUCCUGACAGUGGAUGAGGCCCUAAGGGGAAGAAACUUCUCRGGGCUGCCCAGAGAGUAUGUGCCAAGAUGAUAGGCUGGUAUCAUGCUGCUGUGGUUAAAAAUGAAGUAUCUUUUUCUUUAAAAAAACAGA